UGUUGUCCAACCUUGCUGCUAGACCACAUGAUGCCUUGUCAGAUGUUUGGGAUAUGUGAUAGCACUGCACCCAGAUGCGAGAUGAUGCGAGCUGCGAGAAACGGGCCUAGUAUCAUUACGGUGCGGUGUAGGCGGAACAUCGUCGAAAGACUGGCCAUGACUCGACCUUGAGGGUUGACGGCAUUUUUCAGCUGUGGUCCGUCCACCACCGAGUCCCGAAAGACGAAACGACGAUGCUGCCGAGAAUUGCGAUGUAUCUCCUCUUGCCUGCCGCCGAGUCUCUCGGCACGAGGUGUCGCGCAGCCGCAUGCCUGCUCGUAGAUCAUGUCAAAUUGGGUACGAUUCCAGAAGUCGAGGCGAGCCUUCUUUUGGAACGUCAACCUUCACGGGCUUGGGCCCCCCUCAUCAAUCUCUUCUCUGAAAGUCCAUCGGAAUCAUCCGUGCCAUCUGCCGAUUCACGCGAUGGAUGUGUUCAUCUCAAGUUGAGAAGAAGUUGGAUGCAAGCCGUGAUGAAGCAGGAGCAAGAAGCCCUCGGAUGGAAUAUGCAUUAGAUGAUGAUGAUGUAAUUAUGCGAGUUGACCCAAUUGAGUCUCCCGCAACAACGGUCGGGUCGCGGAA